CUGGCCGACAACGAGAUCAUCACUACCAUUACGGUACCCACGCUGGCCGCUAACCAGCGGGCCGAGUACGCCAAGAUGGCCCACCCGGCCAGCUUCUAUUCGGUGGUGGGCGGCGCCGUGGUGGUUACGAUGGACGGUGACCGAUGCACCGCCGCUUCGGUGGCAGUGGGUGGAUUGACGCCUCGACCGGUAAAAGCGCCGGCGGUGGAAGCAGCCCUGACGGGGAUGCAGUUGACGGCGGACAACAUCGCCACGGCCACGGCGCACCUGGGCGAGGAUAUAACCGCUGCGGGUGUGGACAUCAUCGGCGACAUAUACGCUUCGGCGGGCUACCGGUCUGGCGUGGCGCCUGUCGAAGUGAAGCACGCGCUGAUGCACGCCAUCGGGCUGGCGCACCACUGA